GGUCCCUGCUAUUUUACUGAAAAUACUGUGAAUGUUGUCUAGGGUUUGUUGGGUUCCCAUUGACUCGUGAAAUUGGGGGAGAAACCCUCCAUUGUUGCACUGUUCCUGCAGGCAUCCAUUCUUGCACAGAGCAACAAUCUAGCUUCAAUUUAUUAAUUUUGUUUUUGGACUGAAAUUUUGUGCGGGCUGCUUCUACUGUUUUUCCCCUUCUUAGAAUUCUCCAUCGUACAGCAUUUUGUUAAGGCGGUGACACAGAAAGAAGGCUCAGAGUUUGGGGCAUUUUUGUUAGUUAUUACUGUUCUGAGAAUUAGGGUUUUGGCUUUUAAUCAGAAACGGCGAUUGAAGGUUUCUAGUAAUGGCGGCUAGCAAAUCCCUUUAUCUCAUGCCCCCUGAUACUUGUAGGUCUGUAGGUUUGUUAACUGUUUCUGGGGUUAGAGUUUCUCCAUUGAGAAUGUAUGAAGAAAGGAACAAUGUUUAUCCAAGCUUAGGUCAGAAAAAUGGUUCAAAAGUUUCCCAUCUAAGAUGUUCGACGAACUCACACAACGUUAGUCAUUUUCAAAGUAAGGACCCGUUCCUAAAUCUGCAUCCAGAGAUAUCAAUGCUUAGAGGAGAAUCGAACUCAACCAUGACCAACCCAAAAGAGAGUACUUUAGGUGGAAAUGUAACUGAGAGCUUGAGAGAUUCCUCAGAUUCGAACAAUUUUAACGAGGCCAAGAUCAAGGUUAUUGGUGUUGGAGGUGGUGGCUCAAAUGCGGUUAAUCGAAUGAUUGAAAGUGCAAUGAAGGGGGUUGAGUUCUGGAUUGUUAAUACGGAUAUCCAGGCCAUGAGGAUGUCACCGGUGUUCUCAGAGCAUCGUUUGCAGAUUGGCCAGGAGCUGACCAGAGGACUUGGUGCUGGCGGGAACCCUGAUAUUGGAAUGAAUGCUGCUAAAGAAAGCAAAGAAUCUAUAGCGGAUGCCGUUUAUGGAGCUGAUAUGGUCUUCGUUACUGCUGGAAUGGGUGGUGGAACUGGUACAGGUGGAGCUCCGGUGAUUGCUGGAAUUGCCAAAUCUAUGGGCAUUUUGACCGUGGGCAUAGUCACCACUCCGUUUUCUUUCGAGGGGAGAAGAAGAGCUGUUCAAGCCCAAGAAGGAAUUGCAGCUUUAAGAGAAAAUGUAGACACCUUAAUCAUCAUCCCCAAUGAUAAAUUACUAACUGCAGUUUCCCCAUCCACACCAGUAACUGAAGCGUUCAAUCUUGCUGAUGAUAUUCUUCGGCAAGGAGUUCGUGGCAUAUCUGAUAUAAUCACAAUCCCAGGACUCGUAAAUGUUGAUUUUGCUGAUGUUCGAGCUAUUAUGGCCAAUGCUGGCUCUUCAUUGAUGGGAAUAGGGACAGCCACAGGAAAGACCCGGGCUAGAGAUGCUGCACUUAAUGCCAUCCAAUCUCCGUUGCUGGAUAUUGGCAUUGAGAGAGCUACUGGAAUCGUUUGGAAUAUAACCGGCGGCAGUGAUCUCACAUUGUUUGAGGUAAAUACUGCCGCGGAAGUUAUAUAUGAUCUAGUGGAUCCAAGUGCCAACUUGAUAUUUGGUGCUGUGGUCGAUCCUUCCAUAACGGGACAGGUUAGCAUCACUUUGAUCGCCACCGGUUUCAAACGUCAAGAAGAAAGCGAAGCAAGGCCCCUCCAGGCAAAUCAGAUCUCGCAGGGAGACAUGAGCCUUGGAUUCAGCCGGCGACCUUCAUCCUCCAUCGAAGGUGGAGGAGUGGAAAUCCCGGAAUUCCUGAGGAAGAAAGGGCGCCCUCGAUUCCCUAGAACCUAAUCCAUUCAUUGCUUGGAGUGAGUGAUCCUACGUUUGUCACAGCUACUAGUAAUAACAACUUGAUAUAUGUAUAUAUAUAUGUAAUAUGCAUAUAUACAUAUACAUAUAGAGUGAAUGUAGGGAGAGUAUACAGCAAUAUAAUAUGAGAUGAUUCAGAUUGAGGCUGUUGAUUUGUUUGUUUGUAUUUGCUGUCUGAUUUUUACUCAAACAUCUUCUGAUACAUGAAUUCUCUGCUUACCUUACAAGAAUUUAAUAAAGAUAUAUAUAUAUAUAUAUAUAUAUUGCAGAUA